CUGGCCGCACAUAGUGGCUCUCAACAUGAAUGAUUACCAAGAUGAAAAACUACCACCUCUAACGACUGUUCUCAACUUUCGUGACGUCGCCGGCUUGGUGAAGGACGUCAAACCAGGACUCUUGUAUCGAAGUGCACAUAUCGCUGAUGAUGUGCCUCAGACAAUUCCAGUCGAGAAGAUCUUGACGUUCUACGUGAGCGACACAAGUUACGAUCGG